AUGUUUUCAGCAAUCGAUAAGUGCAUCUUGCAGGUGUACCUCAUUAAGGUGUGUAUAGACGCAUACACAUGGACAGUUGAACGACGUUAUCGCGAAUUUGAGGCGUUCGAUUUGAAGCGAUUCGAGGAUCGCAAAAAGUCGUUCUUACCACCGAAGAAACUUGUUGGCAACAUGGAUCCCGAAUUUCUGAAUGAAAGACGUAUUGAAUUGGAAAAGUAUAUUCGAGCCGUAGUCGAACUAGAUCUGUGGCUCCAGAAAAAGAGGAAGCGCUAUUCUCUGCCAAUGCUCAUUGCACGUUUCCUCGAUUUUCACGAAUACGUAAGUUGA